AUGACUUCCGUAUCUCCCGACAAUUCCGAUUAUAACAGUAAAUCAGACAGAGGUGAUUAUGCCAGUGGGCAAUCGGAGGGAGGAAAAUCUCCUCUUUCAAUGAGUUUGGGUUUCCUUAAGACCCUCACAGAGAAGAAGUCUACGCGGGGUAUGAUUAUGAAGAUAGAUGACGAUACCAUCAAACCAGGACUAAAUUUUAGAACAGUUGAUGGGCAGAUACCGAAAAGAAGAGGUCCAAAGCCCGAUAGUAAACCUGCUUUGACCAGAAGACAAGAAUUGAAUAGACAAGCUCAGAGAACCCACCGAGAGCGCAAAGAGUUAUACAUCAAAGCCUUGGAGCAAGAAGUAUUACGACUGAAGGAUAAUUUCAGCAACGUUACCCAAAGCAAACAAUCCCUCGCCGAAGAAAAUCGACAAUUAAAGGAACUUCUCGCACAACAUGGUAUACCGUGGACUGGCAAUGGAGGAGUUGAUGAAUUUACCAAUAAUCCGAGUUUUGGAUAUAAAUCGAGUGAUAGUCAGGCCGGCAGUUAUGCAGCAGGUUCAUCAACAUUUAGUCCUCCAUCUCUCAGUCACUCAUCGAACUCCAACCCAAGCAGUACGCAUUACGAUAGUGGAUCACCUCAAGCUCGAGGAGCGACAGGAGGUUACAACGGGAGUGGCCGCAGCAUGGCGUCACAACAAGUUCAAGGUGUGGAUUAUUAUCAAGCAGGUAUUGACUUUGUUUUAACACUCGAGAAACCCUGCAUGGAACAUAUGCAAUUCCUAGUCGAACGAUCGAGCAACGUUGAUGGUGAGUUUUUUUCGGGCCAUGCCUUGAUGGCUAGUUGUCCGCCAGAGUCGGAUAUGGAUUCGCAUCCAGAUAUUCCCUUUGGGCACUGUAUGCCACUCAGUCAUUCCCAAGAAAUGGAUGGAACGGAUGGGGGACCUCCCAAACAAAAGACGUGGGACUUGAGUAAAGGCGAUCUAGCAAAUCUACUAGAUUUGAGCAAGAGGUUAGAUUUGAAUGGGGAGAUCACGCCAGUUAUGGCUUGGGGCAUGGUGAUGGGUCAUCCACGAUUCUCGGAGUUAAAGGAGGUCGAUUUCACGAGUAUGCGUGAGGAAUUGUUGCCAAAAGUUAGGUGUUUUGGUUUCGGGGCUGCACUUGAGGAAUUUGAAGUACGGGAUGCUUUGGAGGCAAGGUUUGGAACUGAGCAAAUACAUCUUUCUUCGAUGUAA